CUGUCUGUCUGACUGUUGCGCGCGAUGCGGUCGCUGCUCGGACUGUGGAUUUUUCAAUGGGGGUUCAAUUUCUUGGAUUAUCUGGAAUACAAUAAUUAAUUUAAGGCCACACAAACUCAACAAUUUAUUGGAAUAAACUUGGACUAUAGUACAAUCUCCAUAGAAUAAGCCCGCAUCUAGUCCCCCGCCAGGCCUGGUCAAUCAGCAGCCAUGGUGGAAAACGACGUCCAAAUGGAUAUAGAGCCAGACGAUGCAGGGGGAGCUAAGCUCUUUGAGCGCUCCCGCAUCAAGGCACUUGCAGAUGAGCGUGAGAUGGUACAGAAGAAGACCUUUACCAAGUGGGUCAACUCCCAUCUCCAGCGGGUGUCUUGCCGCAUCGUCAACCUGUACACGGACCUGAGGGACGGCAGGAUGCUCAUCAAGCUCCUGGAGGUCCUGUCAGGAGAAAGACUGCCGAAGCCAACCAAAGGCAAGAUGCGAAUCCACUGUCUAGAGAACGUUGACAAAGCCCUCCAGUUCCUGAAGGAGAAGAGGGUGCAUCUGGAGAACAUGGGCUCCCAUGACAUCACUGACGGCAGCCACCGCCUGACCCUCGGUCUGAUCUGGACCAUCAUUCUCCGCUUCCAGAUCCAAGACAUCAGCUUUGAAGAUGAGGAUAACCAGGAGACGCGCUCGGCCAAGGAUGCCCUCCUGCUCUGGUGCCAGAUGAAGACGGCCGGCUACGCCAACGUCAACAUCCGCAACUUCACCACCAGUUGGCGGGACGGCCUGGCCUUCAACGCCCUGAUCCACAAGCAUCGGCCAGACCUGAUCCAGUAUGAGAAGCUGACCAAGUCCAACCCCAUCCACAACCUGAACAAUGCCUUCAAUGUGGCCGAGCAGAAGCUGGACUUGUCCAAGCUCCUGGACCCAGAAGACAUCAACGUCGACCACCCAGACGAGAAGUCCAUCAUCACCUACGUGGUCACCUACUACCACUGCUUCUCCAAGAUGAAGGUGGAGACCGUCUCCAGCAAGCGAAUCGGCAAGGUCAUCUCCACGGCCAUUGAGAACGACAAGCUGAUCAGCGAGUACGACAAGAUCACCUCGGACCUGCUGCAGUGGAUUGAGCAGACCAUCAUGAUUCUGAACGACCGCACCUUCUCCAAUAACCUACAGGGUCUACAACAGCAGCUACUGGCCUUCAGCACCUACCGCACCGUGGAGAAGCCUCCCAAGUUUGUUGAGAAAGGCAACUUGGAGGUACUCUUGUUCACUAUUCAGAGUAAGAUGAGGGCCAACAACCAGCGGCCAUUCACUCCCAAAGAAGGCAAAAUGGUCCACGACAUCAACAAGGCCUGGGAGAGACUAGAGCGGGCCGAACACGAGCGGGAGCUGUCCCUGCGCCAGGAGCUGAUCCGUCAGGAGAAGCUGGAGCAGCUGGCCGCCCGCUUUGACCGCAAGGCCGCCAUGCGAGAGACCUGGCUGAGUGAGAACCAGCGUCUGGUGGCUCAGGACAACUUUGGCUACGACCUGCCUGCCGUGGAAGCCGCUGCCAAGAAGCACGAGGCCAUUGAGACGGACAUCUAUGCUUACCAGGAGAGAGUGCUGGCCGUGGUGGCUGUGGCCCAGGAGCUGGAGGAGGAGAGAUAUCACGACAUUGAGAGAAUCAUUGCGAGGAAAGACAAUGUGCUGAGGUUGUGGGACUACCUGAUAGAGCUGCUGAAGGGACGCCGUGCUCGCCUGGACCUGUCACUAGAGAUCCAGAGAAUCUUCCAAGAGAUGCUGCUGCUUCUAGACUCCAUGGAGGAAACCAAGGUCCUACUGCUAUCAGAGGACCUAGGCAAGCAUCUGAUGGGAGUAGAAGACCUGAUAGAGAAGCAUGCCCUCCUGGAAGCAGACGUGGCUGGCUAUGGGGACCGGGUGGGCACGGUCAACCACCAGGCCUCCAAGUUCAUGGAUACCAAGGGACCCGAUGGAUCCGGCUACCUACCCGUGGACCCCCAGGUCGUGGCUGAUCGCAUGACCCACCUGGAGGAGAGCUACCAGGAGCUGUUGGAGCUGGCCCGGGGCCGCAAGGACAAGCUGGGCGAGUCUCGCAAGCUCUGGCAAUUCUUCUGGGACUUGGCCGACGACGAGAACAUGAUCAAGGAGCAGGCCCAGAUCAUGUCCUCACAGGACAUUGGCCACGACCUGACCAGCAUCAACCUGCUCAUCAAGAAACACAAGGCUCAAGAGGACGAGCUGGUGGGUCGUCAUGCCCAGCUGAUGGCCAACAUCAAGGUGGGUGAAGACCUGAUUGCCACAGAGCACUUUGGAGCACCCCAGAUCCAGUCCCGCAUCGACAAGGUCAAGGAUGACUGGGCCCGCCUGGAGGAACUCUGUAAACAGCGCAAAGACCGCCUCCAUGAAGCUCAAGACAUGUACCAGUUCUUCGCCGAUGCUGAUGAUGUUGACACUUGGAUGCUGGAUACUCUGCGUCUAGUCUCCAGUGAGGAUGUCGGACGUGAUGAGCCAAGUGUUGAGUCUCUCCUCAAGAAGCACAAGGAUGUCUAUGUAGAUGAUCCCAAGCCUGGAGAGAUCACAACCGAACUACAGAACUACACAACAGUCAUCGACGGUCUGCAUGCCCAAGCACAGGAACUAGGCGAACAGGACCGUGAUUCCCCAGAGGUUCAGGCUCGCCUUGGCACCAUCAACCGGCGCUACAAGGAGCUGUUGGAGUUGGCCAAGCUGCGUAAGCAGCGUCUGCUGGACGCCUUGUCCCUGUACAAGCUCUUCAAUGAAGCCGACACAGUGGAGGCCUGGAUUGAUGAAAAGGAGCAAACACUGCAGUCAGUGGUGCCCCUGGAAGACCUGGAAUCCAACGACGUCAUCCUGACGCGAUUUAACCGCUUUGAGAAGGAGAUGGAGAUAAACGCUCCCAAGGUGGCUGUGGUCAACCAGCUGGCCCGUCAACUCCUCCACGUGGAUCAUCCCAACUCCCAGGAGAUCACCAGCAAGCAGAAUCACCUCAACCAACGUUGGGCUGCCCUGCGUCGUCUCCUGGAGGAGCGUCGGGAUGCUGUCAUCUCGGUCCGCCAGGUCCAGACCUAUCACAUCGAGUGCAUUGAGACCACUACCUGGAUCAAGGACAAGGCUCGCCUGGUGGAGGCCACCAAGGACCUGGGCAAUGACCUGGGCGGUAUCAUGGCCCUCCAGAGACGUCUCAAAGGGAUGGAAGGUGACUUGGCUGCCAUCGAUGCUAAGCUUGAAUCCUUGGAGAAGGAAUCCGAGAAGUUGGCUGAGGAGCACCCAGAGGAUGCAGAGGAGAUCAGACACCGCUUCAAGCUCAUCAUUGAGCUCUGGGAAGAACUCAAGGAACUGCUGAAGACCCGAGAGGCAGCCCUGGCUGAGGCCGGGGACCUGCAGCAGUUCCUGCGGGACCUGGACGACUUCCAGGCCUGGCUGUCCAAGACCAUGACCGCCGUGGCCUCGGAGGACAUCCCCGAGAGCCUGAAGGAGGCUGAGAAGCUGCUCAACAAGCACGCCGCCAUCAAGGAUGAGAUCGAUGGGUACGAGGAGAACUAUGCCAAGAUGAAGGAGCAAGGGGACCGCAUCACCGAGGGGCAGACCGAUACGCAGUACAUGUUCCUCAAGCAGCGUCUUCAAGCCUUGGACGAUGGCUGGAUCGAGCUUCACCAGAUGUGGGACAACCGUCAGCUGUUGCUGUCUCAGGCCCUCAACCACCAGAUGUUCCUGCGUGACGCCCGGCAGGCCGACCAUCUCCUCAACCAGCAGGAGAGCUUCCUAGCCAAGGUGGAACAACCUAACUCCCUUGAGGCCUGUGAUGAUGCCAUCAAGCGCUACGAGACCUUCCUGACCCAAAUGGACACCAACGACGAAAAGAUCAACACUGUGCUCAGCUUUGCGCAACGCCUGUGCGACGAGAAUCACUACGCCGCCGACAAGAUCAACAAGAAGGCGGAAAAUAUCGACGAGAGACGUAAAGCUAACCGGGAGGCAGCGGAGGCCACUCUGAACCGUCUCAAGGAUAACCGCCUCCUGCAGUCCUUCCUGCAAGAAGCUGACGAGCUGGGCAUCUUCCUUGUUGAGAAGACAGUGGUGGCCCAGGAGGAGACCUAUGAUGAGGCCCGCAGCCUCCACGGCAAGUGGCAGAAGCACCAGGCCUUUGAGGCAGAGCUAUCGGCCAACAAAGAUCGCCUGGACAAACUCAGAGAGCACGGAGACCGGUUGAUUAAAGAGAAGCCGGAGGUUGAGGAGGUGGUCAACAAGCGCCUGGUGGAUCUGGACCACUCCUGGAAGGACCUUGACGAGAUGACAGAAGUCAAGGGCAAGAAGCUGUUUGAGGCCAACAGCCAGCACCUGUUCACUGAGAGCUGCAACGACUUCGACAACUGGCUGACAGACCUGGAGACGCAGUUGACCCACGAGGAGCCCACGCAAGAUCUGAAGUCAGUCAUGAUGGCCAUCAAGCAACAGCAGAUGGUUGAGAACCUGGUGACAGCCAAGAAGGCCGAGGUGAACCAACUGCAGGCCCAGGUCUGCACAGACGACAUCCUGGAGAUGGAGAAGAUCACCGUCAAGAAGGUACAGGUGGAGGAACGCUUCAACUCCAUGUCCGAGCCCCUGACCCAGAGGAGUAAUGUCCUGCAUGCACAGAGGAGAGGCUUGGAGCUGCUUAGAGAUAUCGAUGAAGAGAAGAUGUGGAUCCAGAUGAAGAUGCCGCUAGCCACCUCCAACGACAUCGGCAACAGCCUGCAGGCCGUCCAGACCCUGCAGAAGAAGAACAACUCGCUCAGGACGGAGAUUGACGGCCACGAGCUGCGCAUCACGGAGCUGUGCGGCCGGGCCAACACCGUCAUUGAGGAGGGCCACCCGCAGAGUGAGAAGAUCAAGACUGGCGUCCAGGAGCUGCAGGACAUGUGGCAACAGCUGCUGGAUGCCAUGAAGGAACGCAAGGCUAAGCUGAUUGACUCGGAGAAAGCUCAAGAGUACUACUUCAAUGCAGCUGAGGCGGAGGCCUGGAUGAGCGAGCAGGAGCUGUACAUGAUGGGCGAGGAGCGAGCCAAGGAUGACGCUAACGCCCAGGGCAUGCUCAAGAAGCACCAGAUCCUGGAGUCGGCCGUGGAGGAUUACGCAGAGACCAUCAAUGAGCUGUCGCACGAGGCCAAACAGUUGGUGGACGAGAGCCACCCACAGAGUGACCAGAUAGCCAUCCGGCAGUCACAGAUUGACAAGCUGUACGCGGGUCUCAAGGACCUGGCCGAGGAGAGACGGGGACGCCUGGAGGAGACCACCAAACUCUUCCAGCUCAACCGAGAGGUGGAUGACUUGGAGCAAUGGAUCGCGGAGAGAGAGGUGGUGGCUGGCUCACAUGAGCUGGGACAGGACUUUGAACAUGUCACGAUGCUCCAGGAGAGGUUUGAGGAGUUCUCCCGAGAGACCCGCAACAUCGGCACCCAGCGGGUGGCCAACGUCAACCGCAUGGCUGACAACCUGAUCGAUGCCGGCCACACGGACUCGGCCAUCAUCGCCGAGUGGAAGGACCAACUGAACGAGUCCUGGGCCGAUCUGCUGGAACUCAUGGAGACGAGAACCAUGAUGUUAGCUGCAUCAUAUGAGCUGCACAAGUUCUACUAUGAUGCAAAGGAAGUGCUUGGCAGACUCCAGGAGAAGCACCAGGAGAUGUCUGGCGAUCUUGGCAAGGACGCUCAGUCUGUGACAGUGUUACAACGGAAACACAUCACCUUCCAGAGUGACCUCAGUUCACUCCAAGUACAGGUCGAGGGUGUUCAAAACGAGGCCCAGAGGUUGAGGGCAGCCUACGCGGGCGACAAGGAGCGAGAGAUCAACAACCGUGAGCAGGAGGUGGUAGACGCCUGGAACAACCUGAGGAGGAACAUCGAAGACCGGGCGGUCAAGCUGGACCACACCAGUGACCUGUACCGAUUCCUGAACAUGGUCCGAUCCUUGAUGCUGUGGAUGGAGGAUGUCAUACAGCAGAUCAUCACUCAGGAAAAGGCUAGGGAUGUAUCGGGGGUGGAGCUUCUGAUGAACCAACACCAGAACGUGAAGGCGGAGAUUGACACCAGGGACGACAGCUUCACGGAAUGCUUCAACCUGGGCAAGGAGAUGCUGGAGAAGAACCACUACGCAAGCAAAGAGAUCCACAGCAAGUUGGUUGGGGUCGGCACCCGACGCCAGGAGAUGAUCAAUGAAUGGGAACACCGCUGGGAAUUCCUUCAACUCAUUUUGGAGGUGUACCAGUUUGCUCGGGAUGCCCACGUCGCAGAGGCCUGGCUCUUCAGCCAGGAGGCGUACCUGAAGAACACAGACUAUGGCAAUUCUUUGGACGAGGUUGAGAAGUUGAUCAAGAAGCACGAGGCCUUUGAGAAGGCACUGCAGGCCCAGGAAGACCGCUUUGUGGCCCUGGAAAAACUCACCACGUUUGAAUUGCGGGAGAUGCGUCGCCGGCAAGACGAGGAGAGGCGAGCUGCCGGCCAGGAGUCUCCCCCAAUGAAGGAGUCACCCUCUCUCAAGCACAAGGUGGUGGACGACUUCAUGAAGGAACAGCAGGAUGCAGAGAGGAGAGAGGAAGAGGAACGACAACAGAGAGAACAGAAAGAGAUCAGACAAGCGGCUGAGGAGUUUGUGGAGAAAGCCCAGGAGAUGGCCCAGGAGGAAUCGGCCCCGCCACCCCCACCCCCAGCCGCAGCCGCGGCCCCAGCCCCGGCCGUCACAUUCGAGGCCCCAGCAGAGGAGGCACAGGCACCCGCCCAGGAGCCGGCAGUCAACGGGGAGGGAGAUGCCGGACCAUCGGCUGCGGCUAUCGGCCUGGCUGGUGAGGAAGGAUCUUACGAGGCCGAGGGUUUCCUGCUCAGGAAACGCCAGUGGGAUGCUCUGGACAAGAAGGCAUCAAACAGAUCAUGGAAUCAAGUCUAUGCAGUUCAACACGGCAUCUCGUUGGCCUUCUACAAGGACAAGAAGUCCAAGCUACAGGAGAUCACCUUCCACCAGGAGCCGCCCAUCGACCUGACCAACGCAGAGGUGGAGGUAGCCCAUGAUUACACCAAGAAGAAACACGUCUUCAGACUCAAAUUGCCCGGCGGCAUUGAGUACCUGUUCCAAGCCAAGGACGAUGACGAAGUCAACUUCUGGAUCAGCUGUAUCCAGACCGCUGCUGGAGGCACGGAAAAGGGUGAGAAGAAGGCCGCGACGAUGCCCCUCGAUUCCGGGAGUGGCGGUAAAAAAGACAAGCCCAAGGGCAAAGGAGGCUUCUUCACCUUAGGAAAGAAGAAGUGAGCAAACAUUGCCAGGGACAGUUUAAAUAAUUGACAGAUUUUUCUUGAAAUAUUCCUGUGAAUGAAGGGUUUUUGUGGUUUUUUUCUUGCGUGUAUUAACAAUAGUGGAAACAAGAAAAGCUUAAGAAUUUCAAACAAAACAAAAAGUACUUGCAAGUUGCUGUUUAAACUUAAUGCAUUUUGACUCGACCCUCCAGGAUGGAUUUUGGGUAUAUCUUUGUGAGAUUGAGGGUUUUUUGGUUAUUUUGUUUUUGUUGAUUUUUGUUUUGUUACGCACCUGUCUUGUAUAUCUUUUUGAAAAUGAAGACAAUAAGAAAUGAAAAAGUACUGUUAAAAAGCUUGUAAUUCUGUGCUGGACUUAAAAAUAAAAACUACCUAUUAAUGUUCUUAAUCCAUGGAAGUGUACUUGAAUAAUCGUCGUCGUAGCCAAAGAUGAAGUAAGAAGUGGUCAAGCCCUGUUCAUCACAAAUUUAGAUUUAGGCCUUUGGCAUAUGUGCAGUAUAUAGCCCCAGCCUAAGGGUUGUUAAGAAAGUCGUAGUUUGCAUGAGAUAGACAGUUUCACAGAUGUGCAGUCUUUGUAGUGUUCUGUAAAACUAGGCCCCAGCCUUGGUCGUUUGAUUUUUUUUUGUAUUCAAAUUCAUUGAUUAUCUUAUGAAUAUUCAUAUUAGUGACAUCUUGUAUUCAUGCUAGUUGUGGAAAAAAAAAGAUCAUUAUUACACAAAUCAUAGUAAUCGUAGCAUAAAGAGUGUACUACUGUGAGUUAAAUCAUGGACAUGCCGUUGUAUUGUGUGUUGUUUGUAUUCUUGGCAGUACUUGCACUGUGGGUUUUUAAGUGUAGUCAGUGUAGCUUUUCCUUCUUGGAGUAUUAAAAAGAUACAAGCCGCUCAAAUGUAUGUUGUGACGAGCCUACACACUCUAACAAAAUGUCGGCUUAUAAUAAGAAUCAAUAAAAUAUAGAAUGCUUUUGCUGAGAGUGGGAGAAAAAGUGUGUGGAAUGGAGCGAGUUGUAAGAAUUUGUCGGAAAUUAGAAGCAUCUUAAACCGAAAAGAAAAAAAAAGUAAAAGAAAUAGGAAUUGUAAAAUUUGUAGAUGCUCUUCUAUAUAUCUGUAAGUAUAUAAUGAGUUCAUGUUGUGCCAAGUGGUAGCCCAAACUGCAGAACCGCCUGUGUGAUGAUCUUUGUUAAUAUUUGGCCAAGGGCAAAAAAAAAAAGUUGCAAGAUCUCGAGGAAAAAUUCAUGUUGACAUUCUAUGAUGUGUACAUUGUACUGCAUUGCAUAUCAAUUCAACUGUACUGAGUCUUUUUGCAUGUUAAUGAACUAUACAGCUUGUUAAAAAAAAUCACGUUCAAGGUGUUGACUAAGACUAGUGCAGGUGUAUAAUUGCACUGUCUAAUGUAUAACAGUAAAAAGCUGCGCUACCUGUAGACACUACAUAAUUGUGUGUUGGCUGGUGUAACCUCAAAUUUCCUUCACAUAUAUAUCACAUAACUCGCGCAAAAUUACAUAAAGUGUUCUGGGCAUGUACCAAUCCUGGAGAUGAUUAAAACAGGUUUCUUAUUUCCAUAGUCUGAUUAUUCGAUUUAUCAAUGGUCAUUCCACUGCAUUUUAGGCUACCACUGUAAUGCAGUUGUUUGUUAUUAUUUUGGUGAUUCUGCAUUUGCGCUUGUAAAUGUCAAGUUUGGUAUCUUCAAGUACCUGCGUAGACCAGUGUAUUUUAGGCGAGAGAUAAUCGCUCUCUGCUAGCACUUACCUGUUUGUCAGUUAAGGCAUUAAAACUCUAAGAAUUAAACAUUUCUAAAUAUUCAAAAACUUGAAAAAGAAAGUUUAGUACAUAUUGAUAGUGAAUUGUGCUGAUAUUCCAUAGGUUAUAGGUCACAUUAAAGUAAAAAAAAUAGUACAUGUAGUGAUACAAAGUACAUUUUCUUUUUCUUUGAAUUGAAAUCCUUGAGUAAACGGAAUUGGAUGCCACCACUUUGUUAAAACAACUUGGCGGUGUCGCCUUUCCGAUUAUCGGUUUUUAUUUGCAUGUGAAUAUUUAGCAGUAAAAUGAGUAUGUAACGCUUUGUUUUUGUUUUUCAUUUCGCUCCAAUGUAGUCCAAGCUUUUUUCUCAUCAACAUUUUGCAAUUUGUGAUUCAGCUUUUGCUUCCAUUAAACAUGGCGAUAGUUUCAUUGUAUUUGUUUAAAUGUAGUUUUGCUCUCUUUUUUUUUCAACCAAUCCUGGAUUGGUAGAUAGUUUUCCUUGAUUUUUUUUAAGGGGAAUAUGGUAUAGACUUAAGAUAGACUGGACUUUGAUUCGCAGAGUCAGUGGUUCGAACCCUGAGCUGAUGUACCAAAGUCUGAAGCUUCUUGCCCAGUUAACAGUCCAGGAAUUAGAAGGUUGUUAGAUUAUUUUCACUUAAUAUUUUGUUGCCAUUGCAAGUUACCGCUAUCAUGUUAACAAAAGAUCAAAUUCAGUUUAAGUCUCCACAACCUACAUUCUGUUUUACUUUUUGACUUUUGUGCUUAUUCCCGUAUUAAGCACAGCUCCCUUGCAGCUUUGCCAAUUUAGCUUGUUUUUUUAUUUUGAGAAGAAUUUUGCAAAACUUUAGUUAAUUUUUGUUUUUUAAACAUUCUCAAAUGUAAAUUGCACGGAGGAAGUUAGAAUUUAGUAGUCACAAUACACUGGAAGCUGAAUUGAUCUUUCAGGUAUUGGUUCUGCGAUUUUAAUGACAAUCCUAACACUGGUUGGAAGAAUUUUUGGGGAAAAAAUAUGGAGUAUGAAAUUAUAAAUCCAAAUAUUGGACUUGUUACAUGGAACUUUGCAUCUGAAUGCAAGAAUGUUAAAAGCACCACCAGCAUGGAAGAGUUUGUGGUGGUUGUUUUUUAAAAACCUAAAAACAAGCCAUGUGUUAAUUAUUCUUAGCAACUUGUCCAUCUGAUGGACCCAUUCAUAUUUGGCAGAAACUCUUGAGGCAGAGCUGAAUAACUAAUUUCUUGCAAUUAUGGAUAUGGCCAGCUUUCUGUGAUUUCUUUCUAUUCUCACUUCACAGUUUUGUAACGUGUUUCAAUUAAAGAUGCCAUUAAAAAUUAAAAAAAGAAG